CAAAAACAUUAAAAGAGAAAAAGAUGGAUUGUUUGCUUUGCUCGCCAAUUUUAUAUAUCGUUCUUCUUUUUCUUGGGUAUUUAGUUAGAGUUUUGCUAACUCGAAAUAUUUCAUAUCCACCUGGUCCAAAAGGAUAUCCGAUAAUCGGAAACAUGAAACUAAAAGAUCAAUUGAAUCAUCGUGGUUUGGCCGAAUUAGCUAAACAAUAUGGUGGCCUCUUACACCUUCGGAUGGGCAGAAUUCAUAUUGUAGCCGCUUCCACAAAUGAGAUGGCCCGAGAAAUUCUUCAGGUUCAAGAUAUUGUUUUCGCAAACCGGCCGGCUAACGUCGCAAUUUCAUAUCUCACUUACAACCGAGCGGAUAUGGCCUUUGCGAACUACGGCCCAAUGUGGCGUCAAAUGAGGAAGAUUUGUGUCAUAAAACUCUUCAGCAGAAAACGGGCCGAAUCAUGGGCCUCGGUUCGAGAAGAAAUCGAUUCGAUGGUUCAAACUCUGACCAAACAAACCGGUGUACCGGUGAACGUUGGCGAGCUGGUAUUUGCUCUGACGCGAAACAUAACGUACCGAGCUGCGUUUGGCUCGUUCGCUCGCGACGGUCAAGAUGAAUUCGUCAAGAUACUACAAGAGUUCUCGAAACUUUUUGGAGCGUUUGAUAUCACAGAGUUUUUACCGUGGAUGAGAUGGUUUAGUAACGGUGGUUUCAACGAGCGGUUAGAAAACGCUAGGAAAUCGCUGGAUGGAUUCAUAGAUAGAAUCAUCGAUGCACAUAUGGAAAAGAAGAAUUUGAGAAAACAAGAUGAUGAUGGCUUGGAAGAUGACAUGGUCGAUGAAUUAAUGGCGUUUUAUAGCGGCGGUAAAACUAAUGAUUCAUCCUUUAGACUCACAAGAGAUAACAUCAAAGCUCUCGUCAUGGAUGUGAUGUUUGGUGGGACGGAAACUGUGGCAUCUGCGAUUGAAUGGGCAAUGACGGAGCUGAUGAAGAAUCCUCACGAGCUCGUAAAGUUGCAGCAAGAACUCGCUGACGUCAUUGGACUGAAUCGUCAGUUUCACGAAUCAGAUCUCGAGAAUCUUCCUUACUUCAGAUGCGCGAUGAAGGAGACGCUGAGGCUCCACCCGCCGAUUCCGCUUCUCCUCCACGAGGCGGCGGCGGAUACCGUCGUCUCCGGGUACUCGAUUCCCCGCGAUUGUCGGGUCAUGAUCAAUGUGUACGCAAUUGGACGAGACGGAUCGGUUUGGAGUGAACCGGAUGAGUUUAGACCGGCGCGGUUUAUGGAAAGCAAGGCUCCGGAUUUUAAAGGUAGUGAUUUCGAGUAUCUUCCGUUUGGGUCGGGUCGAAGAUCGUGCCCGGGUAUGCAAUUAGGGCUCUAUGCAAUGGAGCUCGCCGUCGCGCACAUGCUUCAUUCUUUUGACUGGGAGUUGCCGGAAGGAGUUAGCUCCGGCGAUCUGGAUAUGACUGACAUGUUCGGUCUCACGGCGCCUAAAGCCACCAGGCUCAUCGCCAUUCCAAGCUACCGGCUAAAAUGUCCGAUGGUGAUUUAAAUUGGGUUACAGAAAAGUACAAUAUCUUUUUCUGAGAUGCGUCUUGUUUCAUACAGUUUGUUGUUUGAUUUAAAUUGGACCUUUAUUCUUCCGUGAUUCAAGAUUCCAAACGGAACUGGUUGUAUCAUUUAGAUAAGAGUUGGUUGAAUAAAUCAUAUAUACAUCCCCUUUUAUUUCACAAUACA